AUGCGAGGGAAACCAGCGCGCAGACAGUUGACGCUCGCUCGACAAGACACCGCUCGAUCGCUGAACGGUACGCAUCAAACAAAUGCCGCGCUUUCAACAAAACAACUAAAUUAUGAUUGAAAAGUUCAAAACAAGUGAAGUUUAAAUUAAAUAAUCAGAGUAUUUUGUGAGACAAUAAGUUUCUCUGUGACAGUUAUGCAAAUUAUAAUUUCAACGUUUUUCGUGCUCGCGCUUUUGCAAGCACCAGACCUCACAAAAGGAGAAGACUUCGGAUACGAUGGCAAUAUCGGUCCAACGCACUGGGGCGAGCGCUACCGAGAGUGCACGGGCAAGCACCAGAGCCCUAUCAACAUCAACGUGCUGCGCGUGAAGCAGGUCACGCUGCCCGACAUCGAGUUCGUUGGCUUCGACGACUCGAUCGACGACGUGCACGUCACCAACAACGGGCACACUGUUCUGAUAGAGGUGGAAAACGAACCACAUCCGCGAGUACGCGGCGGUCCGCUAGAGGGCGACUACAUCUUUAGUCAGAUGCAUUUCCAUUGGGGAGAUAACGACACCUUCGGCUCGGAGGACAAGAUCAACCAUAGAAGUUUCCCCAUGGAGCUCCACAUGGUGUUUUACAAGGACCAGUACCACACCGCCAAGGAGGCCAUCAAACACAGCGACGGGCUCGCUGUGCUAGCUUUCUUCUACGAGCUCGACCGCCACCAGCACCCCGCCUACGACGACAUCACGUCAGCGCUCGGGAACGUGACGGAACCCCACGCGACCGUAGUCAUGAGCAACCCCUUCUCGUUCCUCAACAUUCUGCCGUACGACCUGCGGCGGUACUUCACGUAUAGGGGCUCGUUGACUACGCCGCCGUGCUCGGAGGUCGUCACUUGGCUGGACUUCGAGCAGCCUGUGAGACUAGCUCAUGAGCAGAUAGAGCUAUUCCGCGAGCUAAAGUCAGCCCACGGCAAGAUCCGUCACAACUUCCGACCCAUCCAGCCAAUCGGCGACCGCGUCGUUUUCUACAACAUCGACAACAAUUACUUCAGCUACAACGAGUUGGACGACCCUAGCGAGGAAACUACUACCACUAGACCGAGGCGGAGGAAGGGGAAUGGGGCGGGGAGGGCGAAGUUGUAUUUGAGUUUAAUGUUGCUGUCGAGUAUAGUCGUAAUGAUUGUCCUGUAAUGAGUCCUAUGUCUUAGCCAUAACAUCUUUUCUUUUUAUACGUUUUAUCGUAGACAAAUCACUAACGCUGGAGGUAGAGAAAAUUAUUGGUGCCAGAAGACUAGAUGGCUCUGUACGGCAUCAUACGUUUGAUGAAAACCACCGCCCCACUAAGGCCAAAGAGAGGUGGUAAAAUUUAAAACUUCCGACCUAUCUAACCGAUUGCAUCGUAGCCAUAAAAUGUUUUGUCUUGUAGACUUCUUUGCCAUAGACAUAGACUAAAGAUGCGCAAAUUGGAGCAAAGUGUUGUUCCCAAGAAGACACCAAUAGGUGGCGCUAUAUGUUUUACAAUCUUCGGUAAGUCAACUGUCAAAAAUUUGCGCUUGACAAUCUAAUUACUGCGAAACUGAAGCAGUCUACUUCAGUUGUCAAAAUAAAUAUAGAUACAAUAUUUUGCAUCACUUUACGCGUGAUAUUAUUGUUUGCCCAUGGCUUCACUUAAUAUUUCUUAAUACCUAAAACUACAUAAGUUUUAUUAAUAUUUUCAGAAUUGUUUUAUUAAUUUAAGGCAUAAUGAAUCAUUAAGUCAAAUCAAUUUAUAUUUGGUAAAUUGAAAGACCGUCAAUGAGCCGCCAUGUUACAUUUGCCACCAUGCCAUUUUUAACAGCUUUUCAGCCAUUAGCUGACCUCAUAAUACCAGUGUAAUAAAGUAUGAGUUGUGAAUUAUAUAGUAUGAAUAAUUGAAUAUGAAGAAGGUCAACUUUAGAUCGUUAUUUUUGAAAUACCUAAUGAAGAGUUGAAUAGCUAAAUAGUAAUCACAGCAAAAAUCCAUUACUUAUACCUAAUUUAGCUGUUUGAUAAAUGAAUUCUUAGGCCCACUUGCACCAUCCCGCUAACCCAGGGUUAAGCGCUUAAACCGUAAACCUAGUGUCAAAUUGUACUGGUUACCAUGGUAACUCCAGGUUUAACCGGUUAACCCCGGGUUAGUGGAAUGGUGCAAGUGAG